AUGGAUGAAAACGCUAUUUUUGUAUUGAACAUUCUCGAGCAACGAACAGAUUCAUCUUCAGAUCUUACUUUGAGUGCUUUGGAGCAGUUAUGCCUGCUAGUUUUGCAAACAGAAAACAAUGAUGAAUUGAACAAACACUACCCUCCUGCAUCCUUUGUUCCUAUUCUGGCGAAAUUGUUCCUAGAUUUCGACUGCUGUCCCUCAACUUUAGAGGCAGCCUCAAGGGUCAUAACUUAUUAUAUACAGAGCUUACCAAUAGAGUCAGCCUUAAGCCUAUUCAGUGUCGAUGGUGCUGUAUGUGCUAUAUGUAUCCGACUGGAGAGUAGUAAUCUUCACAACCAAAUAGAAAAUGACUUAUCUCAACAAAUUAUAAAGAUUCUAGAAGAGUUAGCGAAAAGAGACACUAAUAUAUAUAAACUUGUAAUUGGCAUGCCGUGUGUUUUCGAAUUUAUAUCAAAAUACUGGAGAAGGAUACAUCUUGACACUCUAAGAUCUGGAUUACUUGUACUUUGUAAACUUUCACCAUUCCUUGAUACAUGGUUAAAGGGUGAAUUAGGCAACAGUUCUGUUUCCUGGACAUCGAAUUCUGGAAUGCCUACUGUAGCAUUCAGUCUUCAGUGUUGGAUAGCAAAUUUGAUAGAGCUUAUUUCUCAUCGUGACUCUCAAGUAUCAUUUACUAGCCUAGAUUGUUUAUACAUAGUUAUCAAUUCAUGUCAGCGUUUACCAAUUUCCUGGAAUGUACUGGAACUGCUUGUUACAAAAGUGAAUCUGAUAGAAAAGCUGUUGGGCUUAUUGUUACCUAUUGGUGGAAGAAUUGGGGAUAAAAGUGAUAAUGCUGAGAGUUGUUGUACAAAUACUUCGUAUUCUUUACAAAAUGAUCAAACUGAACAUUUAGAAGAAAAUGAUGAAAAUAUCAGCAAAACAAAUAACCCUGUACUAAUUAAUGAUUCCUAUGAACGUAAACAGUUAGAUGGACAAAGUGCAACUCUCCUGGUAGAUGCAAUUUUAGUUUUAUGUCAAGGAAAAAUGAAUCUUCUGUCAACAAUUGCAAACAGUGUAGCAUUGAAAAAUUUAUUUACCUCAGUUCUUAAUGUAACAUCAGUGAAAGUAAAAGAUUCCAGUUUAAAGUCCACUGUACAUGAAAAUGUCAUGUGCUCAUCAGAUAUGAUAAUUCCAGUUUUGUAUCUAGCUGAUGGACUUUUGAAUUUGGCUAUGACUUCUCCAAUGAUAUCCGAUGAAAAACAGGAUGACCACAUUAAAAAUAUUACAGAUUCACAAACGCCAGGCAAUCGAAGUGUUUGUAAUGUCCAAACAGGUAAUAAACACGAAAACAUUGAUCAGACAAGCGGCCUACAUUGUGAUCGACGCCAAAAAUGGUUGUCUAACUUGACUGCACGACAACCAAAUGUACACAGCUAUGAGAACAGUGUUAAUUUCGUGGGGAAAACUUUACACAAAAACUCAUCAACUAAUUCAACGUAUUCUUGUAGUAAUUCAAGUAAUCAAUCUUUGUCCAUUUCAUCUCCAUCAAUGUUUCUACUGGCCAAACAAGGUUUUGAACAGAUUGGAAUAGCUGAUGAACUUAAAAUAUCUUCGGAUAGAUUUCAUUAUUGGUUCUUAUCUGGUGUUGCUAAUAGGUUAAGUAUGGGUGAUUUAUUAUCAAUCUUUUACAGCGGUCAGGUUAGUAGCCUAUGGACAGAUUAUUGGGGUCAGUCUCCACUAGCCUGGACACUUGCCUACGGGAAUGCUGCUGCUACACUUGCGCUAUGUCAAAGAGGAGUCAACGUAAACUCUGGUUUGACUGGAUCGGCAAUUCACUAUGCAAUAUGUUACGGUCAGGUUCAAAGUGCAAUGUACUUACUAGGUUUCACUAAAUCUUCAGUUACCAGAAGAGCUGAAUUUAAUACUGUAAAUCCUAGGCUAAGAGAUUUAGAAGGUAGAACACCAGUUCAAUUAUGUCUACAAGCACUAGUUGCAGCUAAAAAACGUGGUGAAAAUGUCAAUCGGUAUGAAAAACUAUUAGAUGCUGUUCAGAAGUCAGAAGAAAAAUUUAAAUAUGAAUUGAAUGGUAAGAUGUCCAGUCCAUUUAAAACUUUACUUCACUUGUCGCUGCCUAUAUUAAUUGAAGCAUAUAUGACAACUACAAGACCUGAAAUAAGAAUUCAAGUCUUACAAAUAUUAUGUCAAUUAAUACGUUCAAGAACCGGAUUCAUUGUACUAUAUCAAAUGCAAAGAUCAAAUUGUAAAUGUGACAAAACAACAACAAUAGAAGAUGAUAGUCAGACAACAAAUGAACAAAGCAUAAAUUUUGCAGAUAAAUUAGUUCAUAUGAUAGCUAGUGUUAUCGGUCAAGGUUCAACGGAAGAAGUAUUCCUAGUUUUAUCUUUAAUUCCAGCACUUAUAGAUCAACCAGAGUUUUUGAAUUGGAUGCAUAAACAUGGCUUACCAGAGAUACUUUUAUGGCGUGCAAAAAUCUAUAAAAAAACUACUGAUAACAUCAAUGUUGAUAAAAAAUCUACUGGAGUAGAGUCAAAUGAAUUAUUUAAAGAAACAGUUCCAUUUUGUCUUCCUGCAUAUAUUUUGAAACCUAAGCCUUGUAGAUUCCAGUGUACAUAUCAGUUGGCCAUUGAUCAAGCAUAUUCAUAUGGAGAUUGGACGAUACUGAGAAAUGGAUUUAGAUCGUUGAUCGUUUUUCAUGAAUUCGCUUUACUAUGGUUUAUUUAUAAGAAAACCUAUUCAACUUACUUCAAUCUAUGCACUAAUGAUGAUGUUGAUGAUGAUGUUGGUGACGAUCAUGAGGAUAACGAUUCAACUUCACUAUCGAAUAAAGCAUAUGAGUUAAAGGUUUACUUAAUUACAAGAAAGGAGUCAACAAUUAAAUCAGAGAAUAGUAUCAAUUGGUUACAAUCAACAAGCUCACAACAGUAUGAAGAUCACAAUAAUUUAACUGAUAAUAACUCUCAGGAUAAUACUAUGUUUCCAGUAGCCAGUUAUAAUCCAAAGAAAAAUGAUACUGAUAAUUUGUGUAGGCUGGAAUCAAUGAAUGGUUUGUGUGUGAGCGAGAUCCAAUUUUCAGGGAAACCUGUGAACAGAAACGAUCUUUUGCCAAAGAUAUGGAAUAAAUUACUGCCAUUAUUAAUUAAGAUAAAGCACAUGCACUACGGUAUGUUACCAUUACCAGUGCAGAAAUCCUCCUCCCCACUGACUAAUCCAAGUAAAUAUAACCAAUCCUUACAGAUUCCUAGUCAAAAAAUAUCAAAAGAAUCCAAUCAUUUAGAGGCAUCUCAAUCAUUCUCUGAAAACUAUACAAUUUAUAAUAAAAAGAAGAAUAAUACACCAGUUCAGUUAAAAAACACUUUAAAUGUAUCUUUAUCAUCCACUGCUGGUCAUUGUAACACCGAAAAAGAAACUAGUUCAUUGGUAGUGGCACAAACUUCACAAAUCUUAUCUCACAUCGAGUCUAAUCCACUGUCUAAAAAUGAAUUAUCAAAACAACCUGAACUCAUUUUUGAUAUAAACAAAGCAGGUCCUAGUCUAAAGAAAGUGAAUUGUUCAGAUGAUUAUCCAUCAUUACUGAAACUAUCACCAACAGAUGAAGAAUUACAGUCGUCGGUGAAUCAGACAAUUGAUGACAGUCACCUCUCCAAAGGUAAUGAAAUGAAAAUUAGUAGAAAGAAGCUGAAUCCUUCCACCAUGAAAAGAAAUAAUGAUGCAAUGAUGUUUUUAAAACAAAGCAAAUCAUCUGCAAAUUUAAGUGAAACAUCUACUCAAUCUAUAGGUUAUACAACAACAAAUGAAUAUUCGUCAUUGAAUAUGGAUCAACCAUCAUGUACACUUACUCAAGAGAAAAUCAAUAAGAUAGAUGUGAAUUGUCGUGAAAAGUUGGUUUCCACAUUCUUUUGGAAUAUGAAAUUAUCAGUGAGUUUUCAUGGUCUUUGGUUUACACUGGAGUCAGUAAACACCAGUCAUGAUGAUGAUAAUAAUAAUAAGAAUAGUUCCAUUGAUGAAUUCUGCAUUCAUCCAGAAUGUAAAAAUAGAUGGAAUCCAGAUUUUCGUGAUGAUGAGACAGAUUACAUUGAAUGUGCUGAUGACUGUUAUUCUGUAGAAGAGAUCAAGGAUGAGAAUAGAAGUACAAGUAUAUUAUCAGAUAAUGCUGUCAAAAACGAUCGAUCGCGAACACAGACCUGUGCUGAUAGGUUAGAAUUACAAGGAAUUGAAAGAAUUUUCUGUCAUCAAACAAAGCUUGGUGGUGUUAUGGUUUAUGCGAAAAAUAAUGAUCUUAUAUAUCAAUCUGGACCAUUGACAAAAAAUACUGGUUACGCAAAACAUCGUGAAAUUAGAUUACACUGGAUACGUAGAACAGUUGCAUACGCUUCAAUUAUUUUAUCAAAACUUUUAAACAAACUAAUGAUAAAAGCAGUCACUGGUACAGUUCCAAAGCAUUUAACAGUUCAAUACAAUAAAAAAUUUUUAAAGUGUCAAACUACGCUUACUACACAAUUAAGAAAUUAUGUUACUUGUAUCUCAGAGAUACUCUGUAUGAAAAUGGAUUCAAAAACGUCUGGUAGCGUAAUACCAUGUGAACUGAAAGUCAAUGAGUUAUUUCCACUAAUUGAAAAGGCUACUCCACAUGAAAUACUAGAAAGUGGAAUUGUUUCAUUACUCAGUGAAUGGUUUAAGUUUAUUUUAUCAAACAUUCAAAAUGAAUACUCUGCUAAAAUUCCAAUCAAGUUAUUAGGUGACCUACAUAAAGAUGCGCAUUUGUACGUGUUGAAUUCUUCACUUACCUAUGAAAAUAUUGAAAUACUGGCAAAAAAGCUGAUUUCUGUUUUGGAAUUAACUGAACACUUUCCAGUUUCAACAUUUAGUCAGUUAAACUUAUCUGACCAGUUAUUGACAAGUCCGCUACGUUUAUGUCCACAGUUAAUAGAAAAAUCUGUGGCUGAGAUUUUAAACAAAGAAAUGUUUAUCGGUGAACGUCAGCCUUAUUUUCGACAAGUAGAUAUUUCAGGAUCUUAUGUUUCUGUACAACCUUUAGUAACUGUAAAACAACUUCAAGAUUGGAUACUGAAGACUGCAGCUAAAAUACCUUGGUAUAUGGAUGAAUUACACAACCUUGGUUUUGUUCAUGAUGUUAAUGUAGCACCAUGUUAUAUUACUCUUCUUCCUCCAAAGCACUUGAUGCAGCAACUGAAUGAAUCACCACUGGAAUCUCCACAGCAUUCCUAUCAUGGUGGAAUUUUCAACUGGAUUGGUACAAAUGGUGGCCGUGAAGUAAAAUGGGCUAAUCCAUUACGAUUAAAUGGCUUUGUACGUUUAAUGAGUUCAGAUCGAAAAUUGAAUCAAAAACCCCAACUUUUAGGUUAUUUAAUAUCAAGAGAAAAAACUAUUGGUAGAUCAACUUCAAAGCAGUUAAAUCGCUUAAAUUGUGAUCAUGUUAAGUCAGAAGGCAAAAAACUUAAAUGUGGUAAACCAAUAAAAUCAGCGAAUAAACUACACGAAAUAGUAAUCGGUGUUGAUUCAGAUGAAGCCAGUUUUUUUCAGGCGAUACUAACACCAUGGGUUGCAUUUGAUCUCGGUGUUCUCUUAGAAAUAACACAUUAUUCAAUUCAAGUGAAUCUAUUAUCGAAUAAUUGGCCAUCUUUAACCAGCUGGCAGCUUCAGGCCUCAAAUAAUGGAUUUCUAUGGAAAGCAAUAUCAGAACACCAUAUUAUGCCUACAGGUGAUCCAAAAGUAUAUUGGGGGUUGUGUGGAGAAAAGCUUUGGAAGAUUAAUGUAAACCAGUGUUACAAGGAAAGAAGUUGGCGAUUUUUUCGUAUUCAGCUAUUACCCACAAAAACAAUGUCCAGUAAUAAAUUGUGCUUUAGAAGUAUUGAAUUUUAUGGGAAUAUUCACAAAGUUUAUACAAGUGCUGAUGAGGAUACGCAACUCAAUGCAAUUUCGUAUUUGAAUGAAUUUCAACCAAAUGCUUACGUUGUACCAGAUAUUCCUGUCCUGUUGCAUGAAAGAGUUAUACGAGAUUCUUGGGAAGACCUUGACUGUGAAAUUUGGCCUCCUACCUCAUUCGACAAUGAAGCUAAAACGGAAUAUGAACAACCACUACCAGAAAAUUCCAAGACUUCUUUGAACUAUACUUGUAUGUUUGGAAGGAUUGUAUCUUUAGAGUCAACUGGUCGUGUCACUGUAGAAUGGUUAAGUGACUUUCAAACAACAGAUUUAGAAUGGAAACAUCGAAUAGCUUCACACGCUUUAGAUAUCAAGGGUCGAUGUGAUAUACGUUUAGCUACAGAUAGAGAAAUUCAAAUGCAUUCUGAUUUAAUACGUAAGGCAAUAUCUCAGAUCAAAAAUGAAACUCAGGUGCGCACUUCACUUUCUCCUUCUGAUGAACAACACUGUGAAGAUACUUCUUUAAAGCGUGUAGAUGCUACGAUGAACAAAAAUAUGCCAGACUCAUUAACAGAUCAACUAGUUGAAGAAAGUAUGAUUUGUACAAAAGAAAUUCAAUCAGAAACUGCACAGGUAUCCCUUACACAGAUUACGUCUUAUUUUCUGCCAUUGAGUUUUAAUUGGCUUGCUGGUGCACUGAUUCCAAUGUUCAGUAGAAUUACUCCAUUUCUUUUCGCGUCUGGAAGCCCUAAUAUCAUACGUGAUUCACCAACUACGAAUACAGAAGUAUCAAACUAUUCAGAUACAACAAGUUUAUAUGAACAUGGUGUACUUUGUUCAACUCAGACAACAUCAGUGGAACCUUAUCAUCAAAACACGAUUCCUGAAGAGCGGAAAACAUUAGAAUCAACAUUUAACAAACAGAAGGAAUAUUCGAUAGACAAAACACUGCCAAAGUACCAAUCUGCCGAGUCUCAUGAACCAGUUCAAAAACAUAUUAUGACUACAUCUAAUUUUAUACAUGCAGCCGAACCAAGUUCAUUCAGUUCACAUAGAGAAGUAUUCGAGACACAUUUGAGUACACCACUUGUGAAACAAUCCAGUUUUUGCCAUCAUCAAAAUAAAAUUUCAGAUUUUAAUCUACCCAAAAAUUUUGAAGAAACAAAGGCAAAUGGAGUGCAACUGACUGAUCAAAACAAACAGCUCGGUAUUAAAACAUGCUUAAACACAUUUGUCUAUGAAAAGCAAAACGAUAAAGCGUCUGUGAGAGAUUAUGAAAAUGCAUGCUCUGAAAAUUACCUCUAUGAUACAGACAACUAUACUGAUCCAAAUAAAUACGCCAUACAACCUAAUCAUUCAUCUAAUUUAGAAGUUUCUCCCAGUGAAAAUGAUCUAGAUGAUGAGUUGGAAGUAUUUAAACAAACUGUCGACAUGACUGUUUCAAAGAAUGCCCAGAAAAAGAAUCUUCGUGCUCAAAAUAACAGUAGUCCACAAUUUCAAUUAGAUUUACCAAUUUGUAUGAGAAAACAAAAUCAGCUUAAAAUAGAUCAAUGGGAAAAUAUUGAUUCGGUUAAUUUUGAAACGAUUCUUGAUAGAUGUAUGAAUUUAAAAGUCCUUACUGAUGUCCAGUUUCUUCAGUUGUUUGAAAAGAAAUGCGAAGGAGUUAACUCUGACAGCCCCAGCUCUAUUCCUUCACUAAAACAAGACUAUCCUGAAUCAAAAUCACUAAUAAAUAAAACAUCAAGUUAUACAUGUGGGCCACAUUUCCAUAGAUGCGAUCAUAGUUCAAACUCUGAAAAUUCACUAACCCUUCAGCCUUCUGAACAAUCCCCUAUAGCGCCAAUCACAAUUCGAUCUGAUUCUUACAAGCAAUCCUCAUUUUCUACACUUAAACCACCGAAUCCUCCCAGUAUGAAAACUGAUAAACUAUUAUCUCAGUUACCUGGUUUUAUUCCACCUUUUGAAACAAGAUCACGAGCAUCGAAUGAACCAUCUACAGUAAGAUUUGAGAUACCAAAAGUAAUCAAAGAUCCAAAAUAUAAAGAACCAUCUCCUGGUCCAAGUUUACUAAGAAAUAAGAGAAAUGAAAGGAAAUAUUAUCGAGCCAGAGUGUUUGUAGAUUUCAAACAUUCGUCAAAUGAAAAACUUCAAUCAGCGAAUCCAAUGUCAUCGGCUAAAUGUAUUCAAAAUAAUUUAAUAGCUCAUUCUACUAGAUACAAUGUGAAGGAAAGAUCUUUUAAUUUGAUUCCUAACACAGAAACUUUUGGUGCACAGAAUUCUUCGCAUUACCUGUCACCAUACUGUCUAAAACAUGAAAAUGAAUGUCUGAUAAGUUACAUGUUGAUACAAAAAUUAAUCCCAUCAUGCAUGGGAUACUAUAAUGAUGAAACAUUUAUAGAACAAUUACUAAAUCUUCUUUCAAUGUUGUAUGAAAUAGCCAAUUUUAAGUUUAAAAAUCACGCACAAGAUUUAAUUAGAUGUCAGGAGACUAGUGAAGCAUCCAACACAGGCUGUUGUGGAACAAACUAUCAAUACCAAAAUGAUCAAGACUGUUAUGACUAUCCUUCACAAUUAGAGAGAAUUACAGAACAAUUUCAUUCCUACCGUCUAAAUAUGAAAAUAAAUUCAUACUGUAAAGAUAUAUUGUCUGUUUUAUCUAUGUCAAAAUUUGACAUUUCUCAGUGGAUAUAUAUUUUAUGUACAAGGUAUAAUUUCAUCAUUCCCUUUGAAACCCGUCUACAAUUUUGGAAAGUUUCAUGUCGAGGGACAAGCAGAGCUAUUGCGUUCUUUCAGAAGCAUACGGGUAUCAAUCGAGCAUUAGUUACUAACCAGCCCUCAAAUACUACAGAGCUGUCAUCCUUACCAUAUCGAACAGAAAUGCAAAAACAUAUACGCAGUGGACAAGUUAGUGAAUUUGAAAAUUCAUUCUCAUGGAGAGCAUCAGUUGUAUUGAUGGCGAAGGAGAAAACUGAUAGUGAUUUUACUAGUACACAAAGCACUGCUGGGCAUUCUUUAGGAAGUACCUCUGACGUAAACACACGACCAUAUUAUUCAAAUAUCAUCGGUACAAGCGCUGCAAAUCAGUCUAGCCUCAGAUCAGGACGUUUUGGAACCUAUUUCAAUAGUAAUCAACAAAAUCAUUUAUCAAAUCUUGGACGUUUACAAAGACAUAUGGCUGUAAUACCUAGACCACAGAAUAACUUUCAGCCAAAUACUCAGAAGCGGAGAACUGACAAUUGUAAUGAAUUCUACACUCCUUCAAGUGUUGAUUCUCUUAACAAUGAUCCAUUUUGGUCAACUGUUGUACGAUUACUACUUUCUCAUGCUAACUUGAAACAAGAAUUAGAAAUAGAAUUUGAUGGUGAAGAAGGAACUGGUCUAGGUCCAACAAUGGAAUUUUAUGCCUUACUUUCAGCUGAACUAAGACGUUAUUCUCAUGGAUUAUGGGUUACUGACGAUCGUGAUACCACGAAUGAAACUAAAAAGCUAUCAAAUAUAUCAUACGAAGAUAAUACCAACCACAUUGAAAACCCUCAAGAUGAUUCACCGGAGGAUAAAUCACAGAAUGAUUUCUAUGUAAACCCCUCAAUGGGUCUAUUUCCUGCCCCCUGGCCUUCAAAUCGCUUACCACCUGGAUGUGAAUUGAGAUUUUAUGUAUUGGGCAUUGCUGUAGCCAAAUGUUUGCAAGAUGAACGUCAAAUGGAUUUACCAUUCUCAAAUGCAUUUUUAUGUCUUUUAUGUAAUAAUGGAAAAGCAUCUGAGUUAGACGAUCUCAUUAAUGACAAGAAAAAUGGUGAAGGUGUUAGUCGAUCUCAGUCCACUUGGUUUUAUAAUACAUUAGAUAUAAAACACUUUGCAGAAAUUUAUCCUGAACGUGGUAAAUUUCUACUACAAUUAAAAAAGUAUCAAUACAUGAAAUCUGAAUUAUUGUAUAAGUAUAAUGGUGAUGAAUUGAUUCAAAAAGAUUUGGAACUGCAAACACGCUUAUUUUCUACUGAUUUAGAAUCAUUAUGCCUUACAAUGAGUUUCCCUUCAGUUUCUAAGAAUUUUGGUUUCAGUGAAUUUCCAUUAAAAGAUGUAUAUGAUUGGGAAAAUGAUAAUAAUUAUAAUGACCUUAUGAAUGAAAAUGAAAAAGAAUGCGAAACUGUUGAAACUCUAACCACUGACUUAAUUGAUGCCUAUAUACGACGAUCUUUCGAGUUUGCAAUGCAGAAAGGGAUACAAAAGCAAAUGAAUGCAUUUAAAAAUGGAUUUGAACGAGUUCUACCAUUCAAUUCCCUUUCAAUAUUCUUACCAUAUGAAUUGGGUCGUUUAAUUUCUGGAGAAUCAAUACAUCAGUGGACAUUUGAUGAAUUAUGGAUGUAUUGUGAACCAGCUGCAGGUUAUACAAGAAAAUCACGUGGCUUUCAAAUGUUGAUUAAAGUCUUGGCCGAUUUAGAUGCAAAUGAACGUAGAUCAUUUAUCUGUUUUGUAACUGGUUGUCCUACUCUACCGCCGGGUGGAAUCAAAAAUAUACAUCCCAAAAUUAAGGUUGCAAGAAAAGAUGGAACAACUUGUGGUCUAUAUCCUAGUGUGAACACUUGUAUGCAUUACUUGAAAUUACCAGAGUAUAAUACAGAACAGGAGUUAAAGCAGCAUCUUUUAGCUGCUGCCUGUCAAAAAGGUUUUUAUUUAAAUUGA